UCGUAACACACCGCUACAGAUUGUUGUUAUAAGAUGUUCAUAAUUAAAAAAAUAUACAUAUCAAAUGUGUCGAAUCUACUGAAGUGUUUUGUAACAUUGCACAACAUCACACUGUAUUGUGUGGCGGUAAAUUUCGGUGCCGAACUUUGAGACUCUGCUAAUGUUAUUGGGUUCUAUGAAAUAUGUUUUCAUAGGAACGUGGAAUAUCGGUUUUACGCAUUGUGGUGGAUUGUAAUUUAGACUACACGGAGAUUGUUAACAGGAGACGGGUAAUGCAGCUCCAUGGCAUGUUAGCAGCCAUGAGACGGAAGGUUAAAACACAUCAAACAUUCCUAAUUUUUCCCCACUUUUGAGAUUUUGGAAAUACAGUAGUUUGGUGUCCAUUUCGCAUGUCGAGAUGUCAGAAGUAGACGAUGAAAAUGACAUCUGGGAAUAUAAGCCUCUCCAAAAGAAGAGACGAGAGACUUCUGAACCGUCCAAUGGAACGGUGCCCAAGAGAAGACGUGUCUCCAAACGAAUAAAAAAGGGCGAGAUUAUGGUCAAGAAAACAGGGAAUAAUGCCCUUUCUAAAAGCAGAGGUCCCAACGCAACAGAAACUGAGUGUAUUAGUAAAGACUCCACACGACCUUCAACUGUCACCUCUACACAGUCAAAACAAAUUGAUGUUACCCAACCAUUUGACAACGGUGACGAUGAGGCAUUAACUCCUGGAGAUUUCUGUCCAGUGUGUCAGAUGCCAUUCUCUGUAUUAGUAGUCCAGUCCCAAAGGUGGCAUGUAGCCGAAUGUCUUGAAACCCCAGUGGAUGAGAGCAAAGAAUGCCCAGAUGGAACCCAGUGCUCCUCCACAAUUCCAAGUCACUACAAGAGAUACAACCACACGGUAUUAGCUCACUUUCGAGCAAUAAAUGACCCAGCCUUCGUCAGUCUGUCUCAGGAGAGGACAUCCAGUGAAGUCCCCAGCGGCAACUCUUUGGACCAAGAGAACCAGGGCAACACCAGUUUAGUAUUGGAGUGUUCCCAGAACAGUGCGACAGGGCUCCCCACUCAUGGCUCUCCCUGUAACACAGGCUGUGGAGCCUCGACCCCCUCAAAGCUGACUAACGCUCUUUUGCUGUUGAGGUCACCUGCGCCUGAGGACAUCAGGAAAAAGAAAGGCUGGUCACCAUCUGUCAGAGGGGUCAAGUCUGCCACGUCACAAGAAAGCAAAAUGGAAGAACCGACCCCCAUUGUUCCAGAUAGGGAAAGUCCAGCUAUUGAAGGAGGCUUUGUCAAGGCAAAGCCCUCUCCUUCCAGUGAUGAUGGAAUCUCAUAUUCUCCUCUCUUUGAAUUCCCUACGGAUCAUGAAAUCAGUGGUGGCCAACCAAGAAAAAAUCUGUUUCCAAAUAGUUUGUAUGAAAAUGAGAAUAACGAAUCAAUCAUUCUAUUCAGUAACAAAGCAUCACUUGAUGAUGAGUCUCUGUCAAUUGAUGACGAGCUCUUCUCUGACAUAUCUCAGUUGGAAUCAAACGGUGACACCCAGGUGAUGUCAAUUAGCUCAUUAGCGGAUAGCAAUCACCCUACGUUCACAGCUGCUAAAAAUGGCCUUGCCUCCCCUCUGACACCUGCAGUAGCAAACACUUCAGUUCCCUGUAGCAGAACCAGCCAUAGACUCCAAUCCCCGCAGAGUAUAGUGUUAGAACAGCUCAGAGAACACAUUUCUAGCACAAACAGCAGUCACGCCCUUCACGCCGAAAGUUUAAAUGCAUCUCCAAAAAAAACAGAACAAACUUCAGCAGCGCCAAAGAAAGGGCCUUCGUCUCCUAAGAUCUCUUUAACUCAACUGUCUCAAGCAAGCAUGGCACCCAGGAAGGGGCCGGGCAAGGCGGGACCAUCCUCUGGCCUCAAGCAGACAGACAUUGGGGUGUUUUUUGGGCUCAAACCUCUGAAAGAGCAGGCUGCUGAGAGUGAGCUGCCGGAGCAGAGUUCAGGUCCAGGGUGUGCUGUGGCUUCCAGAGGGAGAAGGGCGCAUGGAGGACGGCAGAGGAGGAGCAGGGGGGCCAGCGCUGAUGUGGUUCUAAAGGUGGAAGAGGUCCCAGACGAUGACGGUACCCAGAAAACUCAGGGAGGAGGAGGAAGAAGGGGAUGGGGAGGAGGCAGGGGGUGGAGGAACAGGGGGAAAGCAGAUGGAGGGGCAGAGGAACCCAGGCGAUGUCCUUUCUAUAAAAAGAUUCCAGGGACCAAGUUUGUUGUGGACGCUUUCCUGUACGGGGUGAUAGACGGCAUCACUGCAUACUUCCUCACCCACUUUCAUUCCGACCAUUACGGAGGUCUGAGGAAGAACUCCACGUUUCCCAUCUACUGCAACAAGAUCACAGGGAACCUGGUGAAGAGCAAGCUGAAGGUGGAGGAGCGGUAUGUUCACAUCCUGCCCAUGAACACCGAGGUCACAGUGGAUGGAGUCAAGGUCAUUCUGCUGGAAGCCAACCACUGUCCGGGCGCUGCCAUGCUGCUCCUGCGGCUGCCAGACGGCCAGACCGUCCUCCACGUGGGAGACUUCCGAGCCGACCCCUCCAUGGAGCACUACCCUCCGCUGCAAAGCUGCAGGGUCCAGACCCUCUACCUGGACACGACGUACUGCAGUCCUGAAUACACCUUCCCCAGUCAGCAGGAGGCCAUCAGCUUUGCAGCCAGCACAGCCUUUGAGCACGUCACUCUCAACCCCCGCACCCUCAUAGUCUGUGGCUCCUACUCCGUGGGGAAAGAGAAAGUCUUUCUGGCUCUGGCAGAGGUUCUGGGGUCUAAAGUGAGCAUGUCCCGGGACAAGUUCAACACCAUGUGCUGCCUGGAGUCGAAGCACAUUACACAACUCAUCACCACAGACUGGAGGGCCGCCCAAGUCCAUGUGCUACCCAUGAUGCAACUCAAGUUCAAGAACCUCCAGGCUCACCUGGGCAGGUUUGCGGGGCAGUAUGACCAGCUUGUAGCCUUCAAGCCCACCGGAUGGACCUUCAGCCAGAAGGUGGAUGUGGUGCAAGACAUCCAGCCCUACACCAGCAGCAACAUCUCCAUCUACGGUAUCCCCUACAGCGAGCACAGCAGCUUCUCGGAGAUGAAGCGCUUCGUGCAGUGGCUGCGACCCCUCAAGAUCAUCCCCACGGUCAACGUGGGCAGCAGAGAAAGCCGGAAGGCCAUGGACACGUUUUUCAGCGAGUGGCUGGCGGAGGCGAAGGCAAAAGCAAUAUGAAUCCA